UUCACUUUAAUAACAAAUAUUCAUUCUUCUCUUUUUACCUUGUUCACUUGACACAUCAUACCAAUGGCAGGACCAUCUUUGAGCCCUAUCAUGGUUGCCCUCUCUUUGCUUCUUUUGGUCACAUUCUCUAAUGUAGGCGUAGCUGAGGCUUACACACGCAGUGGAACACUUCGACCGUCAGAUUGUAAGCCAAAGUGUACUUACCGUUGCUCUGCAACUUCACACAAGAAGCCAUGCAUGUUCUUUUGCCAGAAGUGUUGUGCCAAAUGCCUAUGCGUUCCUCCUGGCACAUAUGGCAACAAGCAAGUGUGCCCUUGCUACAACAGCUGGAAGACAAAGGAAGGAGGACCCAAAUGCCCUUAAAACCCUUUCCUAUUAUAUUCAUACAUAUAUAUAAGCAUAAGCAAUGCUAUUAAUUGUAUGGUAGCAUGGGGGCACAUUUUGUUAUGUUCCCUUUGUUUUUUCAUAUAUUAGUAUACUUUAUGUUUCCUUUAUGUUUUCAGAGGGAAACUAUUUUUUGCAUAUUGUAUUUUGGGUACUCUACAUAUUUUAAAUGUCUCUAAGGUAACCAGGCAUUUGAGGGAGAGAAGAGCAUGCUUCCCUUUGACAAACAUGCAUAUUGAAAAAUGUGUCUUUGGAUUGUAAUUGGGAAACGUUUCUCUCUUGUAACUUUUACCCAAAUCAUAGGGUGAAGUUCAAGCAAGUUAAAAUCAUAAUUGCAAAUUUUAGUGA